AUGAUGGAUCUGAAGGUGGACGAAGAGGAGGUGGAGAACAGUCAGCCGGUGAGCCUCGAGGCGUUUGCCAGCAGCUCCACGUUGCAUGGCCUGUCCCACAUCUUCUCCUAUGAGCGCCUCUCUUUCAAGCGCAUCUUCUGGACCCUUUGCUUCCUGAGCUCCUUGGCUCUGCUGGUCUUUGUCUGCAAUGAGAGGAUCCAGUACUACUUCUGCUACCCCCACGUCACAAAGCUGGACGAAGUGGCAGCCACCCACAUGACCUUCCCUGCCGUCACCUUCUGCAACCUCAACGAGUUUCGCUUCAGCCGGGUAACCAAGAAUGACCUGUACCACGCUGGAGAGCUGUUGGCUCUGCUCAAUAGCAGGUAUGAGAUUCCAGACACCCAAAUGGCUGAUGAGAAGCAGCUGGAAAUCCUUCAGGAGAAGGCAAAUUUCCGUAAUUUCAAGCCCAAGCCCUUCAACAUGCGAGAAUUCUCCGACAGAGCGGGCCACGACAUCCAAGAAAUGCUGCUCUCGUGCUUAUUCCGUGGGGAGCCCUGUGGGCCAGAUGACUUCAAAGUGGUGUUCACACGCUAUGGGAAGUGCUACACAUUCAACUCAGGGCAGCCUGACAAGCCUCCGCUCAUCACUAUGAAGGGGGGAACUGGAAACGGCUUGGAGAUCAUGCUGGACAUCCAGCAGGAUGAGUAUCUUCCUGUCUGGGGAGAGACGGAUGAGACUUCAUUUGAAGCUGGGAUUAAAGUGCAGAUCCACAGCCAGGACGAGCCACCUUUCAUUGACCAGCUGGGAUUUGGGGUGGCACCCGGUUUCCAGACAUUUGUGUCUUGCCAGGAGCAGCGGCUCAUUUAUCUUCCUCCACCCUGGGGUGCCUGCAAAUCUGUGACUAUGGAGUCCGAGUUCUACGAUACCUACAGCAUCACAGCUUGCCGCAUAGACUGCGAGACGCGCUACUUGGUCGAGAACUGCAACUGCCGCAUGGUGCAUAUGCCUGGUGACGCUCCCUACUGCACCCCUGAGCAAUACAAGGAGUGUGCGGACCCAGCCCUUGACUUCUUGGUGGAGAGGGACAAUGCUUACUGCGUGUGUGAAAUGCCUUGCAAUGUCACCCGCUAUGGCAAGGAGCUCUCCAUGGUUAAGAUCCCCAGCAAGGCAUCCGCCAAGUACCUGGCCAAGAAAUACAACAGGAGUGAGCAGUACAUUGGGGAAAACAUCCUGGUACUGGACAUUUUCUUUGAGGCGCUGAACUAUGAGACCAUUGAGCAGAAGAAAGCAUAUGAAGUCGCUGGACUUCUGGGUGACAUUGGGGGACAGAUGGGGCUGUUCAUUGGGGCCAGUAUAUUAACUGUGCUUGAGCUAUUUGACUAUGCUUACGAGGUUAUUAAGUUCCGCCUCUGUCGUGCCAAGUGCCAGAAGAAACACAAAAGUAACAACAGCGACAAGGGUGUAGCCCUGAGCCUGGAUGACGUGAAGCGCCAUAAUCCGUGUGAGAACAUCCGAGGCCACCCAGCGAGCAUGACAUACACAGCCAACAUCCUACCUCACCACCCGGCCCGGGGAACCUUCGAGGACUUUACCUGCUAA